GAGGAGCAGAUAGAAAUAUAGUCAAGCUUCAAAUUCACAAGGACUGAAUCGUUUUCUAUCGUUUUUACCCAGCACGAUGGCGUUGAACAGAAAGGGAAAUGUACGUCUGCCACCAGAGGUUAACAGAAUUCUGUACGUGAGAAAUUUACCGUACAAAAUCACAGCAGAAGAAAUGUACGAUAUCUUUGGUAAAUAUGGAGCCAUUCGACAGAUCAGGGUAGGGAACACCACAGAAUCCAAAGGGACAGCAUUUGUUGUCUACGAAGACAUCUUUGAUGCCAAGAAUGCCUGCGAUCAUCUGUCAGGGUUCAACGUGUGUAACCGAUACCUCGUUGUCCUUUACUUCCAGUCAAACAAGGCAUUCAAGAAAUUAGACGAGGCAAAGAAGAAAGAAGACAACGACAGGAUGAAACAGAAAUAUGGACUUAGUACACCGGAUAUCAAUAAGAAGUGAAAUGUUACGAAAAACAAUUGACGUUUAAAAAUAUUUUACUGGAGUCGAGCAUCACAACUGGCCUCAAGGCAAGAGAGAGAGAAAGAACGUAUGGAUAUAACUGUAGAGGGAUAUUUCAACUUCCCCAAAAUGAUAUCAAACAUACAUUGAUGCAGAUUCGCUGAUUCUGUGCCAAUGUGAAUUAUUGAGUUAUGGGAAACAUAAACUCCCAUUAUAAUUAAGGCAUUGAUGUACAAUUCUAUCUGGAAUGACAAAUUUUAAACAAUGCUUAAGUCAGUUAAUUGUUGGAUAUUUGAAUUUUGUUUUAAAGUGAGCCAAAUUGAGCAAGUAUUUAAAAGAAAAACACAGCAAGUUCUGAUUGUGUCAAAUGAUCAGCCACCGUUUGGAAACCAAGGUUUUAUAAAUGAAAUCAGUCCUGAUUUAUUAAUAUUAGAUGAUCAUGACAACGUUUUCCUAUGAUCUACAUUUGUUAGAUCAUUAUCAUGUGGAUUGUUGGUUUGUGAUAUAGACUCAAAGUUACAAUUUUAAGAAGCAGGUCAAUAUUUUCUUUUAAGAUAUCACUUCAUUUGUAACUUCAUAAAUACUCUGACAAAUGCAGUACUUUACUCCUGACAAUUUCAAUAUGUUCUGUUAUGUUUCAUUAUUUAAAAAAAAGUACUUUAGUACCUUAUAUAACAAUGAAAGACUUUAAUUUUGUGUAUAUGUGGUUAUUUGAACUUGAAGGUUAUACAUGUAUUGACCUCAAAUUUGUCUCCUAAUCAUUACUUUUUCAGGUUCAUAUAACCACAUGUUCAACUCAACAGAAAUCUAUAAUUGAUAAAUAAUAAAUGUCAUCAGCAGAAAGUCGAGAGAGUCAGAGAUUGUUGCGAGGGUUGUAUUGUGGUGAGUUUUUCUUUGGUGAUACCUGUGCAUUUAGUGAUGAGAAGCAGAAGAGUGUAUGGUAUGUUGUGUGCUAGAAUGUAAUGUUUGAAUAAAUUUCAUAUUUCACCUCAUGUGUUGUCAGGGAUCAAUCCCUGGUCAUUUUCAGUAGAAUUUACUGUUACAGUAUAUGUCAUGAAGGAUGUAUCCAAACUGUAAAAGUAGAAAUUCUUGUGUGGGGAAAUGUUCGCAUUUGGACUCUUUAGAUUGAUUGAUCACCGUGUGGAACUUUUGUUUUGGCAUUGUUUCUGAAAUCUAUGAACACAUUGUAAGCUAUAAAUAUAUGUGUGGAUACUUCAUGGAUAAACUAAGCUUUUUCACACUGCGAAAAAAUUCCACACUCACAGUAUUUAAUUUUUCUUAAACAUCUGGAGAAGUGCUUCUUCUCUUUUCUCCAUUUGAAUUUCGACAUCAUAAAUGUCAACUGGCAUGUCAUAUGAGAAGUAAUGACAGUGAAUCACAGACCAAAUUGUAUGAUGUAUUUUGUAUAAGUUUUAAAGCUGCAUAAACGUAUUGUAAAAUCUUACCGUUACAAAAUUAAAAUUCUACACAUUAUCAAAGA